AUGGCCUCAACUCUGGUUGAAAAAGAUGAUUCAAGCGUCGAAAAUGCUUCUGUUCAUGAUUACAGAGGCUUCAGCGGCCAAGUAGGUGAGAUUCGCCUGUUGGCCAGGACUUUGACCCACAGCUCAGAAAGCAACGCCAAUUCUUCAGACGGUUUACGUCGCUACUUGUCGAACAUGUCACAAGUUCCCGGAGUGCUCCCCUACGAAGGUGUGGAUGACACUUUGGACCCAGAUAGCGAGAACUUCAAUGCCAAGUUCUGGGUGAAGAACAUGCGCAAACUAUACCAUCUGGACCCGGACUACUUCAAGCCCGCUAAAUUGGGUCUCGCAUACCGUGAUUUGAGAGCUUACGGUGUGGCCACUGACUCCGACUAUCAGCCUACUGUGACAGAUGCCUUGUACAAGACGGUUGUCGAAGGUCUCCGGUCGCUUCGAAAGGAGGACGGCAGCCGCUACUUUGACAUUUUGAAGCCCAUGGAUGGCUACUUUGAGCCCGGGAAAGUGACUGUGGUUUUGGGCCGGCCAGGUUCUGGAUGUUCUACGCUUUUGAAGACCAUUGCCUGCAACACAUAUGGAUUCCACAUUGGCAAAGAGUCGAAGAUCUCGUACGAUGGUUUCACGCCACACGAGAUCGCAAAGCAUCACCGUGGUGAUGUGGUGUACUCGGCAGAAACAGAUGUGCAUUUUCCUCACUUGACUGUGGGCGACACUUUGGAGUUUGCGGCUAGAUUGCGGACUCCCCAAAACAGAGGCGACGUUUCUAGAGAGAAGUACGCCAAACACACGGCGUCUGUGUACAUGGCCACAUAUGGUCUUUCCCACACCCGAAACACAAAGGUUGGAAAUGAUUUUGUGCGUGGAGUUUCUGGUGGAGAGAGAAAGCGUGUUUCCAUUGCAGAGGCUUCUUUGAGCGGUGCCAACAUCCAGUGUUGGGAUAAUGCCACCAGAGGCUUGGAUGCAGCCACUGCUUUGGAGUUUGUUCGAGCUUUGAAAACGGCCGCAGCCAUAUUGGAUGCUACGCCCUUGAUUGCAAUUUACCAGUGUUCCCAGGAUGCGUACGACCUUUUUGACAAUGUCAUAGUGCUCUACGAAGGCUACCAGAUUUAUUUUGGAAAAGCUGGCCGUGCUAAGAAGUUUUUCGAGAGAAUGGGUUAUGACUGCCCUCAACGUCAAACCACAGCUGAUUACUUGACUUCUUUGACAAACCCAGCAGAAAGAAUUGUUCGUCCAGGAUACGAAAAUAAGGUUCCUCGUACCGCUAAGGAGUUCUCUGACUACUGGCGUUCUUCUCAAGAGUAUAAUGACUUGAUUGGACGCAUUGACAAUUACAUGGCAGAGAUGGAGAAAGGCGAGUCCAAGGCAUUGUACAAGGAGCUGCAUAACGCCAAACAAGCAAAGAACGUGCAUCCAGGUUCUCCGUUUACUGUCUCUUUCGGAAUGCAGGUGAAGUAUAUCGUUCACCGGAACUUUCUCAGAAUGAAAGGUGAUCCGUCGAUCGCCAUUUUUUCAGUUGUUGGCCAGAUCAUCAUGGGUUUGAUCUUGUCCUCCUUGUUUUACAACUUGCAACGUGUCACAGACUCUUUCUACUACCGUGGGGCGGCCAUGUUUCUCGCAGUCUUGUUGAACGCUUUUUCUUCAGUGUUGGAAAUCAUGACAUUGUUCGAGGCUCGUCCCAUUGUCGAAAAGCACAAGAAGUUUGCAUUGUAUCGGCCAUCUGCCGAUGCGUUGGCUUCAAUUGUCUCAGAACUUCCUGUCAAAGUAUGCAUGUCGAUCUGUUUCAAUUUCACCUUCUACUUCAUGGUACAUUUUAGACGUACCCCAGGCCAUUUUUUCUUUUAUUGGCUCGCGUGUGCUUUCUGUACUUUGUGUAUGUCUCAUAUGUUCAGAUCAUUAGGAGCAGUCUAUACGUCCUUGGCAGGAGCCAUGACACCAUCCUCUGUGAUUUUGUUGGCGAUGGUGAUUUUCACUGGUUUCGUCAUUCCCAUUCCAAGCAUGUUGGGCUGGUGCAGAUGGAUCCAGUACAUUAAUCCUGUGUCCUAUGUGUUCGAAUCCUUGAUGGUGAACGAAUUCCAUGGUGUUGAGUAUGAAUGUUCCCAGUAUAUUCCCUUUGGCCCUGGCUAUCCUCAAGCAGCGACUGAAAACAACAUUUGUAGUGUUGUUGGUGCUAUGAGAGGCCGUUCGACUGUUUCUGGUACAGCUUUCUUGGCCAAGUCAUACGAGUACCAUAACUCACACAAGUGGAGAAACAUUGGUAUCGUUAUUGCUUACGUCGUUUUUUUCUUGGGUGUCUACAUUUCCUUGACCGAAUCCAAUAAGGGUGCCAUGCAAAAGGGUGAAAUUGUCUUGUACUUGAAGGGCUCGUUGAAGAAAAUGAAGAGAAAGACUGAGGCAAAUAAGGCCACAUCGGAUGACUUGGAAAAUAAUCUUUGUAAUGAAAAGAUUGACUACAAGGAUGCAUCCUGCGACGACAACGAAAACUCGUCUUCAGAGAAGAUGGAAGAGCAAAGAGACAUUUUCCAUUGGCGAGACUUGACCUACUCGGUGCAAAUCAAAUCCGAAGACAGAGUUAUUUUGAACCAUGUUGAUGGAUGGGUUUCUCCUGGCCAAGUCACUGCCUUGAUGGGUGCUUCUGGUGCCGGAAAGACCACCUUGCUAAACUGUUUGUCCGAAAGAGUCACUUCAGGUAAAAUUACCGAUGGCCAGAGAAUGGUCAACGGUCAUGGGUUGGACUCUUCUUUCCAGAGAUCCAUCGGUUAUGUCCAGCAGCAAGAUAUCCAUUUGCCCACGUCUACUGUUCGGGAAGCCUUGACUUUUUCAGCUUACUUGAGACAGCCGGAUUCGGUAUCCACGGCAGAUAAAGAUGCGUACGUGGAACAUAUUAUUGACUUGUUGGAAAUGAGACCGUACGCAGAUGCUUUGGUUGGUAUUGCUGGUGAGGGCUUGAAUGUCGAACAACGUAAAAGAUUGACUAUUGGUGUCGAGUUGGUGGCCAAGCCAAAAUUGCUACUUUUCUUGGAUGAACCUACGUCUGGUUUGGACUCGCAGACUGCUUGGUCUAUCUGUAAGUUGAUGAGAAAAUUGGCCAACCACGGCCAGGCCAUUUUGUGUACCAUUCACCAGCCCUCUGCUAUCUUGUUGAAGGAAUUUGAUCGUUUGUUGUUUUUGCAAAAGGGUGGGGAGACUGUCUACUUUGGCGAUUUGGGUGAGAAUUGUCAGACAUUGAUCAACUACUUUGAGAAGUACGGUGCCCCUCCAUGUCCCGAAGAGGCUAACCCAGCAGAAUGGAUGUUGGAAGUUGUUGGUGCUGCACCCGGAUCUAAGGCUCUCCAAGACUACUUUGAAGUUUGGAAGAAUUCGACAGAGUACGCUGGCAUGCAAAAAGAAUUGGACCGCAUGCAAACGGAGUUGGUGAAACUUCCAAGAGACGAGUCUUCCGACUCUAAAUUGAAGUACGCCGCCCCAUUGUGGAAGCAGUACUUAAUUGUGACAUGGAGAACACUCCAGCAGGAUUGGAGAACACCAAGUUACAUUUAUUCAAAGAUCUUUUUGGUCAUCUCGUCAUCUCUAUUCAACGGUUUCUCAUUCUUCAAAGCCGGCACAUCUCAGCAAGGCUUGCAGAAUCAGAUGUUCUCGAUGUUCAUGUUCCUCAUGCCUUUCCAGACUAUCGUCCAGCAGAUGUUACCAUUUUAUGUCAAGCAAAGAGAAAUCUAUGAGGUCAGAGAAGCGCCGUCUCGAACUUUCAGUUGGUUCGCUUUUAUCAGUGCCCAAAUCACGGCUGAAGUUCCUUUCCAGAUUGCUGUCGGAACGUUGUCUUUCUUUUGCUGGUACUACCCUGUUGGGUUUUACAAGAACGCAGAACCUACUGAUAGUGUAAACCAGCGCGGUGCAUUCAUGUGGUUACUAGUUGUAUCUUUCUAUGUCUACAUAAGCACAAUGGGCCAGUUGUGUGUUUCCUUUUCCGAGUUGGCUGACAAUGCGGCAAACCUCGCAAACUUGUUGUUUAUCUUGUGUUUGGACUUCUGUGGGAUUUUGGUUGGUCCAAACUUCUUGCCUGGCUUCUGGAUUUUUAUGUACAGAUGCAAUCCGUUCACAUACUUGAUCCAAGCCAUGUUGAGCACGGCGUUGGCCAAUACCAAUGUUGUGUGUGCAAACAGAGAACUUCUUGUUUUCGAACCGACUCAGGGCAAAACAUGUGGCGAGUAUAUGAAAGCUUACAUUUCCCGGGCCGGUGGUUACUUAAUCAACGCAAACUCGACUUCGGACUGCCAGUACUGUAAAAUGGCCUCCACUAACGUUUUCUUGGAUUCAGUGAAUUCCAAGUACGAACAAAGAUGGAGAAACUAUGGGAUUUUUGUGGCCUUCAUUUGCAUCAACAUCAUCUUGACGAUAUGUUUUUACUGGCUAGCCAGAGUUCCAAAGAGAAGCAGACAAAAGAAGUAA